CUGAUCUGUCAGUUUUUCUGAAUGUCCUGACAGACACACACUGACACCUCUCAUUGAAUCAGAAUGGAAACAGGAAAAGAGGAACACAGAGACGAGGGUCUGUGCUGUACGGAUACACGAAGACAAUGACAGAGGAUUUGAUUUUCCGAGACACCUGUGGGGUUCUGACAAACUAGUUCUUGGUGACUUAUUUCGCUCAUGGAUUUAUUCUUUUCCCUAACACUUUCUAACUGAAAAAACGUCUUGUGGAUUACAUUUGCAACAUUUUGAAUUCAACUCUCAAAGACUUUUAGUUUCAGAUUUGUAUCUAUUUAUGUUCAUUGCAGCUUAAAAUCUGAGUCCAUUUCAGCAUCACUAUUUGACUUUUACUACCUUUUUUAAUAUUGUAUUUCUUUGUAUCAUAAAAAUACACUUAGAUAUACUGUCAGAAGAAGUCCAGGGUAGUGUUCAGGGAUAAUUAGCUUUUGAAAAGCUGUAAUGUCGUUGGAUUUUUAGCUACAGUGACAGCAGAGAGAUCUGAUCUGACACCUGACACGCUGCUGGAGCAACAUGGCCUCUUGCUGCAGCGCAUAGACGGGGUCACACAGUUAUUGUCUUGACUCAAUAGUUGUAACCAUGGCGUCCCGGAUGAAGCAGCCCCAGGGACGUGGCAUAUCCUCUAUAUUUUCUUGCUGCUUUAAAGGUAGUGAACAACCAGAGAUCACCUACUGUCAUGACAACCCCAACAAUGCUGCUGUACUGGAGCCCACCCUGCCAAUGCCCCCCCUUCCAGAGCUGGACUCUCUAUUCACUGAGCUGGUGGGUGAACUGGACCUCACAGCUGAAAACAGAGCCGCCAUGUUUUCUUUGCCAGCACAGACAAAAUGGCAGAUCUACUGUGGCAAGAAACUGGAGGCAGAGGAGAACGCCUCAACCAGAUGGCCAGAGUAUUACAUUGACCAGCUCAGGUCCCUGGCUGCUAGGAAGACUCUGCUGUCACUGGAGGAUGAGGAAGAGCAGGGAAAACAUAAAAUCGCUGAUGGUCUGAAGACGGCACUGAGGACACAGCCAAUGAGGUUUGUGACGCGGUUCAUUGAGUUGGACGGCCUGUCUUGUAUCCUGAAUUUCCUCAAGUCGAUGGACUAUGAGACCACCAACUCUCAGAUCCACACCUCCCUGAUCGGCUGCAUCAAAGCUCUGAUGAACAACUCUCAGGGCAGGGCUCAUGUGCUCGGUCACUGUGAGAGCAUCAACAUCAUCGCACAGAGUCUCACCACUGAAAGCAUCAAAACCAAGGUUGAAGUGUUAGAGAUCCUUGGUGCAGUAUGUUUGGUGCCAGGAGGCCAUAAGAAAGUUCUAGAAGCCAUGCUGCACUACCAGAAAUUUGCCUCGGAGAGAACACGCUUUCAGACCUUGCUGAACGACUUAGAUAGAUCCACAGGCCGCUACAGAGAUGAAGUGAACCUGAAGACGGCCAUCAUGUCCUUCAUCAACGCUGUGCUCAGUCAGGGAGCAGGAGAGACCAGUCUGGAGUUCCGCAUCCACUUGCGUUAUGAGUUCCUGAUGUUGGGCAUUCAGCCGAUCAUUGACAAACUGCACUCCAAUGACAACGCCAUCCUGAACAGACAUUUAGACUUCUUUGAGAUGUUGAGGAAUGAAGACGAGCUUCUGAUGUCCAAACAGUUUGAUGCUGUCCAUAUAGAAACUAAAAGUGCCAGCCAGAUGUUUGAGGUGAUCAAGAGACAUCUGAGCCACACUGAAGCGUACCCUCACCUGCUGUCUGCACUGCAGCACUGUCUCAUGAUGCCCUACAAGCAGAGCAGCACCACGCUCCAGUACUGGGUGCUGUUGGAUCGGAUAGUCCAGCAGCUGGUUCUGCAGACGGACAAAGGAGAAAACCCCGACGUCGCUCCACUGGAGGACUUCAACGUGAGAAACAUUGUAAGCAUGCUCAUCAAAGAGAGUGAGGUCAAACAAUGGAAAGAGCAAGCUGAUAAAAUGAGAAAAGAGCAUCAGAACCUUCAGCAGCGCUUUGAAAAGAGAGAGCGGGAGGUUGAGGCCAAGAAUAAGGAGAAAGACGACAUGAUGGUGAUGCUGAACAAGCUGAAAGACAAACUGGAGCGGGAGAGCAACGAGCACAAGCAAGCUCGGCAACAAGUGGGAGACCUGUCUGCCCGGCUGCAGCAGCUCAGCUCUACCUCCAGUGUGCCAGGAGGACCCCCCGUGGCGUAUGAUGGUUCAGUUCCUCCUGCUCCUGUCCCGGCCCUGCCUUUUGCUCCACCUCCUCCCCCUCCACCUCCUCCUCCAGGAGGCCCACCAGGGUUUGGCAUGGCUCCGUUUGCCCCACCUCCUCCACCAGGAGCUCCACUAGGAACAGCCCAGAGGAAGAAUAUUCCUCGGCCAUCCAACCCCCUGAAGUCCUUCAACUGGAGCAAACUGCCUGAGAGCCAGAUAGAAGGAACCAUAUGGAAAGAGAUGGAUGAUCUCAAGGUGUUUAAAGUUCUGGAUCUAGAAGAGUUCCAGAAAACCUUCUCAGCCUACCAGAAACCUCAAGUAUUACAUCAGAAGGAUCAUGAGGAGGACCCGUCCUUUGUGAGGAAAGUGAAGGAGCUGUCAGUAAUUGACGGUCGACGAGCUCAGAACUGUAACAUUCUGCUCUUACGACUGAAGCUGACCAAUGAGGAGAUCCGACAUGCUGUCCUGUCCAUGGACGAACAGGAAGACCUACCUAAAGACAUGCUGGAGCAGCUCCUGAAGUUCGUCCCUGAGAAGAGUGACAUUGAGCUGUUAGAAGAACACAAGCAUGAGCUGGAUCGUAUGGCCAAAGCAGACCGCUUCCUGUAUGACAUGAGCAGCAUCAACCACUAUCAACAGAGACUGCAGUCCCUCUACUUCAAGAAGAAGUUUGCUGAAAGAGUGGCUGAGAUCAAACCUAAAAUCAAAGCUCUGAGCGUUGCAUCCCAGGAGGUGGUGCAGAGCGGGGCGCUGCUUCAGCUCCUGGAGGUGGUGCUGGCCUUUGGAAACUACAUGAACAAAGGACAACGAGGAAACGCCUGGGGAUUCAAAGUGUCCAGUCUCAACAAGAUAGCCGACACCAAGUCCAGCAUUGACAAAAACGUCACUCUGCUUCACUACAUGAUCACUGUGCUGGAGAGGAAAUACCCGAAGAUGGCAGCUUUCAGUGAAGAGCUUCAGACUGUGCCAGAAGCUGCUAAGGUCAACAUGACAGAGUUGGAGAAGGACAUUGGCAAGCUGAGAUCUGGCCUGAAAAAUGUUGAGGCGGAGCUGCAGUACCAGCAGGGCCGCUCCCCUCAGGGUCCUCAGGACAGGUUUGUCCCUAUGGUCAGUCAGUUCAUCACUGUGGCCUCCUUCAGCUUCUCUGACGUGGAGGACUCACUCAGUGAGGCCAAACAAGUGUUUGGAAAGGCGCUGGUACGGUUUGGAGAAGACACGUCCAACAUGCAGCCAGAUCAGUUCUUUGGGAUCUUCAACACUUUCCUCACAGCUUACUCAGAGGCCCAGCAGGACAACAAGAACAUGGCGAGACGCAAGGAGGAGGAGGAGAGACGGGAACUCUUGGAGGCACAGCUGAAGAGAGACAGGGAGCAGAAGGGCAGGAAGGCCAGAGCCAACGCAGAAGAGGAGAGCGGUGAGUUCGAUGACCUGGUGUCCGCUCUGCGCUCUGGAGAAGUGUUCGAUCGCGAUAUGUCCAAAAUGAACCGCAGGAAGCAGCGGACACAGAACGUGUUGGAGAGCAGCCGGGAGAGAGUAGUGACAAGACUAAACCAGUGACCAACUUCAUCUUUAAAGCUGUCAGGAAGUACACAAACAAGAGUUCCCAUCUCUCCUCCUCCUCCACUGCUGUCUAUGGAACAUAAUCAAUGUAUGUAAAUGUAGGCUUUUUAGAAUAGUAUUGGGCUACCAAUUUCCAGAAUCAAGAGUCCUUUAUUCCUCCUAAAGUGGGGACAAUGCAAAGGCACACAUAUACUUACAUAUUAAACAAAAAAGCAAGCACAUGUUAAUAAAAUCAUAUCAAUAAGAACACAUCCAUGUUAAAAACAUUGUAGCAGAAUUAUAAAAAAGUUAUUCAACACAUAAACAUGAUGAGGUAGCAACGAGUAAUAAAUUGUAAAAAGUGUAUAUUGCACAUGGCACAGUUAUCUCUAACUUUUGAGUGUUUUUAUGUUAUAUUAAUAAGGGAAAGAGAAUAGUAAGAUAUUUAAGUUGUAUUACCCUUGUAUAUAUUCCCAAGUUUGCACACAUCUGCUUUAUUUGUGAAUUAGAAAUGGGAGGGAUGAAACCCUCUCUAAUGGUCACACAUGCAGAGCACACAGCACACACAGUGAAAUGUGUUUUUAACCCAUCCUAGUACCAGGAGUCUAGUACUAGGAGCAGUGGGCAGCUAGUGGGCAGCG